AUGGAACGAAAGUAUCCAAAAACAAUGCCUCAAUCAACUAUCAAAACGCCCUUCGAACCCCCUGUACCACGUUUUGAACUACCAGAACGAAAUGAGCGAAAUCUCGAAGCUCAUACGGUUGUUUGGCUCGAUGCAAAUGUGGACAAGACAGACGACAAUGCGAAGACAAAAGUUAAGUUACGACGAACCAUUAAUUAUUUAAAAACAUUUGAUAACCUCGAUGUAUGUUUAAUGUAUAUGUCGAAUAUUAAAACAGAAAAAGUGUUCUUGAUUGUGUCAGGUUCAUUAGGGGAAAAGAUCGUCCCUCUCAUUCAACAAAUGCCACAGGUUGAAUCGAUCUACGUGUUUUGUUCGAACAAGACCCAUCACGAAAAAUGGGCCGGAAAUUAUAAAAAAGUUACUGGAAUCUAUACCGAAAUAGAUGCCAUCUGUAAUCAAUUAGGCAAGGAUGUUGCUAGAUCUUCGAACAACGAGUUGCCGAUGAGUGUCAUGCCGACAGAUGCAUCGAACAAGCAAGAAGCAUCGUUCAUGUAUUUUCGACUUUUAAUCGAUAUUCUACUACGAACGGACAAUAGCCACAGCGGUGCUAAACGAGGAAUGAUCUCUGAAUGUCGACAACAAUACGCGGAGAAUGAUGUUGAAUUAGCUAAUAUUGACGACUUUGAAAAGAACUAUUCGUCGGACAAAGCCAUUUGGUGGUACACCCGUGAGUGCUUCGUUUAUCGCAUGUUGAAUAAGGCCUUGAGAAUAUCAGAUAUCGACAUGUUGUUCAAACUUCGAUUCUUCAUUAAAGAUCUUCAUAAUCAACUCGAACAACUUCAUUUAAGAGACAAAGCUACAACUGACUCAAUGAUUGUUUAUCGUGGGCAAGGAAUGGUGACAGAAGACUUUCAGAAACUAAGAACUAAUAUUGGGGGUUUUCUGUCGAUGAACAUCUUUCUAUCAACUGCAACUAGACGCGAUGUUGCUCUUUCAUUUGCUCAGCUAUCGUUGCAUCGUCCAGCUGUCGAAUCAGUUCUGUUUGAAAUGACAAUUGACACCAGAAAAUGUCCACGACCAUUUCAUAACGUUGAAAAUAUGAGUUAUUUCCGAGCAGAGCAAGAAAUUCUGUUCUCAUUGGGUACAGUAUUUCGAAUUGUAUCAGUUAAACAACUCGAUUGUGGAAUAUGGAAUGUGAAAUUGAUUCUGAAUGGCGAAGAAGAUGACCAACUCAGACGGCUCACAAAUCAUAUGAAGAAGGAAAUACAAGGACCAAACGAUUUCUUCAUAAUAGGCAAGUUACUGCUAAAGAUGGGCGAAUAUGACAGAGCGGAACAAUUUCAUUUGAUAAUGCUUGAAAACAUUUCUGACAAUGAGCCGGAUGUUGGGUAUAUUUAUAAUCAACUGGGAUUAAUUUAUCGAGAAAGAGGCAAUAAUCAGCAGGCGUUAGUUUAUUACACCAAAUCUCUUGAUUUUCAAUUAAAAUAUGUGCCCGAAAAUUUAUCCUCGUUAGCGAUAACAUAUAGCAACAUUGGUGGGGUUUAUCAAGCAGAAGGUGAUCAGGAACAGGCACUUCUUAACAUGGAAAAAGCUUUGCAAAUAAAAUUGAAAACCCUACCUACACAUGAUCCAUUACUGGCAAUCGAAUAUAACAAUAUUGCCGUAGUGUAUGAUGAUAAAAAAGAGUAUGACAAGGCCCUUCAAUACUAUCACAAGUCUUUGAGCAUAGCUAAAGCAGCUCUUCCUGCGAAUCAUCCAUCACUGGCGAUUACAUAUAGCAACAUUGGAUUAAUUCACAAGUGCAAAGGUGAUUAUGGCCAAGCAUUAAAAUAUUAUGAAAUGACACUAGAGAUACAACUGAGUUCAUUGCCAUCACAACACUUAUCUUUUAGAGUGACGUAUGGAAACAUUGGAUCCAUCUAUUAUGCUCAACGUAACUAUUUAGAAGCAUUGAAAAACUUUACUCAAGCCUAUGANAAUCAUCCAUCACUGGCGAUUACAUAUAGCAACAUUGGAUUAAUUCACAAGUGCAAAGGUGAUUAUGGCCAAGCAUUAAAAUAUUAUGAAAUGACACUAGAGAUACAACUGAGUUCAUUGCCAUCACAACACUUAUCUUUUAGAGUGACGUAUGGAAACAUUGGAUCCAUCUAUUAUGCUCAACGUAACUAUUUAGAAGCAUUGAAAAACUUUACUCAAGCCUAUGAAAUUGCUAAGAAAGGGAACCACCCAGAUUCGCAAAAAUAUCAAAAGAAGAUAGAGGAAAUCCGUAUGAAGGAGCACAGAGACCAAUAA